AUGUUGAGUAGCAGGAUUCCAAACAAUUCUGGGAAUCGAGCAUUGAGUAAUAUAAAUAGGCUUACUAUUGAACAGGACUCUAUUAAUGAGAGAGCUUUGUCUCUGUUGCAGCGUAAUAGAGAGAGGAGAAGACUUUUGCAAAGAAGGGAAGACAGGAAUAGGUACUACCGUGCUGAUUCUCCAGAUCAGGUGACGAGAGAAUCCAUUGGAAAUGAAGGGUAUAACGAUGUUGAAGAAGGAGAAGUAAAUGAGGAGAUCCCACAUGUAUUGCCAUCACGGAUGAGGUAUGGUUAUGAUUUGGAAGAGAAACUUCGACACUCUAGGGCUGGGAAUUCCCAAGGUGCCUCUGUCACUAGAUCGAGAAAUAGGGUAAAAUCCAAAAAUGUAAUGAGGAAUCCUAAAACUGGCAAAGCAUUCAACGCUAGUGAAUUGGCUAUGUAUGAAAUUAGAAAGUACCAGAGGUCAACUGAGUUGUUGAUAUCUAAAAUACCAUUUGCUAGGUUAGUGAAAGAGGUGACAGAGCAAUUUACAACUGAGGAACAACAACUGCGGUGGCAGUCAAUCGCGAUCUUGGCCCUACAGGAGGCCAGCGAGGCCUAUCUUGUUGGAUUGUUAGAACACACGAACUUGCUGGCACUUCAUGCUAAACGCAUAACUGUCAUGCGCAAGGAUAUGCAAUUGGCAAGAAGAAUCAGAGGACAAUUCAUUUAA